AUGGCAAUGGCAGAUGCAGCUGUGGGCCAAGCAUUCGUCAGCACCCGUGCGCCGCCUCUCCAGCAGCCAACCACAGGCCGAAGGGCGCCGCGUGGUCCGGAUACAGGGUGUCCCAGGUGCUUGUCAACAUCGACUGCUGCAGCGGCAGUCGCAGCCACGGUAGCUUUCGCAAGGCAGCAGCGUGGACUACAAGCUUCGGCCCGCAGGAGACCCGUCUGCUUGCGGGCUUCAGAAACUUUGGCUGAGACGGAGGUCCAGGAGAAGUUGUUGAGUGAUGCCUGGGAGCAUGCGCUGCUCAAUCGAGAAGGAUCAGUCUUCACCGAACCAGAGCUUUUCGCAGAGAUUCUCGGCUCGCUGAAUGAGCCAGGCGAGAAGCAGGGCCCGGUGUACUUCGAGCGCGUCACGAGGGCGUCCAGCCAGAGCCAGGACAUCGUGCUCUAUGUGCCUGGGAUCGACUUCUCCGGCGGGUUUGCGGCUCCUCAGUUUCGUCCUCUUGCUGAAGCUGGCCACGAGUUGUGGCGCUGUUGGGUGGCUGCUGACAACCGAACGCCAUUUGUCGAGAUGGUGGAUCGCUUGGAGGCGUGGGUGCGAAGCCAGAAAGAGUCCGGACGGCAGGUGGUACUCUUUGGUGAGUCUUUUGGUGGUUUGCUCUCCCUGGCCGUCGCGUUGCGGAUGGGCGGUGAGGCUUUGAAAGGUAAUCUCCAGCAAGAAUCUUCCUGGAACUUGAUGUUUGUCUUCCAUGUGCUUUUGCUCAUACCGACGCACAUCUUCGCACUACAUGAGGAGACAGGACAUUCGGCAAAGUCACACACAGCACUCCUGAGAAGCGAGCCGGCAGCAGGCGCCAGCGAUGAAAUGACUAUGUCGCAGCCUUGGGGCAGCCACCCAGGUGAUCCAUUUGGCUCUUUGGGCGGUGGAUUUGGAGCCCCGGGCUUGGGGCCACUCAACCAGAUGGGAAGCCCAGGACAGAUCGGGAUGCCACCAGGCUUUGGUCAACCACCCAUGGGGCCUGGAGGUUUCCCUGGAAUGGGCCCUGGCAUGGGUCCCCCCUUGGGCCCGGGCAUGGGUCCUGGCAUGCAUCCCGGCAUGGGUCCCGGCAUGAGCCCCGCCAUGCAGCCCGCUAUGCAGCCCGGAAUGGGCCCUCCCGGCAUGCCCAUGGUUGUAAGCAGCAGCGCAGGAGGAGCCGGAGGCGACAUGGCUCCGGCGAACCCCUCUGAUCCUCGCGCGGGCUCCGAGUGCGUAGUGCCCAUGUGGAAUGCGGAGGAGUUCCUUUGUGAAGAGCAUGCCGACUUGAAGGAUGAGGCCACAUACGAAGAUGCAAAAGGUAUCCGACGGAAGAGGAUGCAUGACGGGGCAGACUGCACCUGCCAGUGCCCUAAAGCCCGCUGGUGGCAAGUGCCGAGUCAAGAGACCUUGGUGUGCAAAGAUGGGCGCUGGCGCGAUGACACGGGCCAUCCAGCAAAGGACUUGGUGUGCGAUACGUCCAACAGGUUCUACUUCUCGUCGCUUGGUGUUUUGAUCCUUGCAGCCUUCGUGGCCACUCCUGGGGGCCGCAAGAGCUUCAGACAGGCAGUCGCACGUCCUCUGGCUGCAGCAGGUUUCACAGGCAAGGACUCCAAGGAGGGAGCAGCCGCAGCGAAGGACCCCAAGGAGGGAGAAGCUGAAGCGUCUAAGGCUCCCGACGACAAAAGCCCUCCUGAGGGUGAGGACAUUCAAGACCUGUUCCAGGACCUGGCGAAGACUGUGCUGGAUUUGGCGAGCAGCUUCGAUCCGCGCCUCCUGAGGUUGGGCAGGCUGUUCUCAAAGAUCGCGCUGAAUCUUCUCAGCCCCAAGAAGGCCCAAGAUGGACCGAACUUGGAUCCAGAAGUCGAGAACUUCUUGCUGUAUCCGGAGAACUUGGCGCAGUUGCUGCCACCAGAGACUGUUCGUUUCCGGCUUCGUCAUUGGUUGCGCGACGGCUGCGAAAUCGUGAGGCUGGAGAAGUUGUGCAACGGCAUCCCUGCCGUCCUCGUCCUGUGCAUCGACUGGUCUGCAGACCUGCGUCAGCCAGAACAGGAGGAGUCGCAGGUGCUGCAUUACUUGCAGCACGCGCGGCGGCAAGCGAAGGAGCGCGACCUUCGAUUGCUGAUUUUCAUCGUUCUCCACGAGAACACCGCAGACCCGGAGGCUGCUUGCGCGUUCCUCCGCAAUCAGCCUGAGUUUGCUGGACUUGUGGUGGCGGUUGGCACAAGCGAUCUCCCGAUGAAGGCGCCGAAGCUCGAGCGGCUCAUCUACCAGAGUGCCAUGUCCUUCUAUGCGGAUGAGGAGAAACGGCUGCGCAAGCCUUGGGCACCGAAAGUUCCAGUCUCAACAUCGGCGCACACUGCCAUGCAGGUCAGAAUGCACUUCAAGGUUGCCUUUCUGAACGAAUUCCGCAAAGAUGUGCGCGCCGCCUUGACAUUCUAUAUCAAGGCCUAUGAGCUGCUGCUCAACGAGUCCGAUAUUGCUGAUGCCGUCGAAAGAAUGGAUCUGUGCAACCACAUAACUGUCAGGAUGUAUGAGAGAUACUUUGCAUCACACGACGUGGGUGCUGCUGUUCACCAUUGCCGCGUGCAUACGUCUUCGCUCAGAAGAUGCUGUGCUGAUGGCGACGAGCUGGUUUGGCGCAAGUUUCGCUGGUUGUCUCUGAAUCACGUUAUCUUUGGUGACUUCCUCGACACAAUGUCACAAAAGGCGCCUAUGCUUAUCGACCAGAAUGACCUCUGGCAGUUCCCGGGAUAUCACUACCAGGUGGCGGCGAGCUAUGCCCGACGACUACGUGAGUGGGCGUUGCGCUGCCUGGAGCCCGGGCACCUGCCAGCCUCAACGGGCCAGGGUGGCGAGCUCCGGCCCUCUCCAUUCUUGGGCCAGGCGGGAGUGCUGGAGCGGCCGUCAGAGGUCGAGGCACCUGCCAGAGAGGUGGCCUUGCGGUUGGCGCAUGCGGAGGCGAAACUCUGCACGGAGCACGCAGACCGCAGCUUGAAGCUGCUGAUCCGGGCACAGGCCGCUGCGAAGGAGCGCGGCUAUUCCGCGUGGAUCACCGCCUCUCAAGCCCGAGUGGCUGAGGCUUACCUGUGUGAGCCUGGCAGUGGGCAUCAAGAAGCUGCACGCAAUUUGUUUGAGCGUUUGCGGCAGAUGCCGGCACCUUCCUGGCCGUCGCUACGACGAUUUUCUUUGGAACGCUCACUGCUGUGUUGUUUGACAGCACUUGGCCUUCCAGUCCCUGCGCUUUGUUCCUCAAGUCGAGCAACUCCUGCCAGCUCCUCCAUGGACUCUUCGGCUGAGCCGUCACCAACGCAGGACCAUGGCAUGUUGAGGAGGAGUCUGGUCCAAGACGCCUUCGAGUACAUGAAGCUGCCAGAAUCUGCGGUCUCAGCCGACUUGAGCCAGGCAGAAGAGCUUGUGGCCUUGGCUGUCCGGGCUGCUCACGAAGAGGCUGACAGCAUCGAGGUGCAGCUAAGCCAAUGCCAGGUUUCUUGGAGCCAGGCCACAGAAGAUCCAGAUGUGUUUCAUGUGCUCUUCGGCAACAAUGAACUGCCCAUCAGCUUGGAGCUAGCAAGCUCUUCUGCAAGCACUACCACUGGAUCUGUGCCUUUGACCAUCGAACUCGGUGAAGGUCAGACCUGGAAGGCCGGGUGCCCACUGCGGCUCCGGGGCUCCUUACCAGGCGCUGGGGCGGCGGUGACGACGGUUCGCCUGGUUUGGGCCCGGUCCACAUCAGUGGUAUUUGUAGGCACAUGUGAGCAGCCUUGCGAUUCCUGCGACUUGAUCAGUGACGCUGGACGUCACUCGGGGUUUCCCGCCUUCAACCUUGUUGACGGCACUUCGAGUGCACGGGAGUCCGAGGAAGGCGCACGCAAACCCAGCGACCUCCGGCUGAAUCUGGAGGCUGAGACGGUUCUCCCAGUGGAGCCCGUGGCUGGCUUGGUUUCCGAGUGCUUCAUCUUCUACGUCGUGAUCUACGCAUGGCCGGAGCGACCGUCACCAGAAUCCUGCCAAGUAGGUCUUACCUGCCACGCCCGUUUCAGCGAGGACCUGGACGACAGCACCCCCGCACACUUAGCAGAAAAGCCCACAGGCCUUCGCAUAGACCUCCUGAAGGCUUCCGGUGCUGACAAACCAUUUGAUUUGGAGCCCCUAGCACUGGGUACCUCGAAAGUGGUGGCGGGUUUUUCUACGUCCGAGCUCAAGGCAUCCGAAAAUCUCCUCGGUCUGCUGCCGGCUGACCUACAGGGGGCUCCGCUUCGGCUCCAUCACAAAGGAUCCUCCCAAGGUGCAUCCUACUUUGCUCUGCCCUUGGCAGUCCGCUGCGAACACGCCUGUGGCGUGUCUCUGGGGCUCGAGGUGCAGCAGAUCGGUGGGGAUGCGGCGGCGCAGUGCUGGACCCCACAGAUCAAGUUCAAGCAUGCUGUGAAAUUGCACACUGCAGAGGAGCGCCUAUCAGCAGCAAUGCUGGCUCAGAAGCCCGUAUCCUUUUCUUUGCGGUGUCACCUUGCCACAGCGGUGGAGACUGUCAAGGCAGAGGUCUUUUACACACCGGAAGGCUCAGACACAGAGCGCACUGUGGCUUGUCUUGGCAAAAUGGGUCAGAUGCAACCUGGAUCCUCUUAUGCCUUUUUGUGGCCCGCGGAACCAGGUUUGGUGCUGAAGUCUCGCCCGCGUUUACGAGUGUGCUUCCAGCGCUACCAGGCUGUUCAAGCUUUCUUCCCGUGGAAGGACAUCAAAAGCACUUGGCCGCCCAACCCGAUGCCUGCAGCAGUAGUUGAGUGGCUGCUGCCUGUGCCAACAGCAGCUGCUGUUAGCAGCCAAAGCUUGCAAGUGGAGCUACAGGCAAGCAGCACGGGAACGGUUGGAACACCACUAGCCGUGCAGGUGCGUCUGAGGUAUGCCAGGUCCGUGGAUCAUGACGAAAUCAAGAUUCGCGUGCUGCAGGGUGAAGGCGAGGUUCCGGACCGGUACCUCCUUUCUGGGCCGACCUGCUACCAGGCUGCUUGCCUUCCCGAAGCUGACCCCAACGACAUUAUUCCUGGCUUUGCACUGAUUCCGCUGAAGCCGACUCUGCUGUUGGCUUCCGACAAUGACCGCUUGCUCAUCUCGGACAAGGAGGCCGAACGAUUGAGGGGCGUGUUGCGUGCGCGCUGCGGCGACAAACGCCUCCAAGUUGUGGAGCUGAAAGACUCUGGCCAUGCACCGCUGGACGGACGUGUAAACAUCGCCAAGCUUCUGAAGGACUCUCCAAUAUACAAGAAGCCCUCGUCACGCAACUAUGUUGAUGACUUCGAAUUCCCCACGCUCGAGAAGCUGGAGCAGGGCUCAAGAAACAUUGAGCCCAUAGCGGCUUUGGUGUCGCCAGUCUUCUGCAGCUGGGACGAAGAGAUGGGAAAGCGGAGGUUCGGGCUUGAGGGAGUGCCCGACCCCAAAGCCUUGGGCCGCCCGGUUCUCCUGGUUGGUAAUCAUCAGCUCUUUGCACUCGACUUAGGCCCACUUGUUCGUGAGUUCCUCAUCGAGAAGGGCUACGCUGCGAGAGGUUUGGCGCACCCGAUCAACUUUCCCGAAGUUUUCAGCAGCUUGGUGUCAACAACUGUCACAACGGAGGACCCAGGUUUCUUGGACUCCACAGGUCUUCCCUUCGAGCUUCGCGCAGCUGCGAAAGCGGGCCAGAAAGCAGUGGAGGAGCUCACCGGGCAAGGCAAGAAAAGUCAGCCCAUGGGACCUUUCGGCAUGGGCGCGGGUGAGCAUGCCGACAUGGAGAGUGAUGGUGAGCUGGGUGUGGGCGAGAACUUCGGGGUCGGCGGCGCAUUUGCGAAGUGGGGUGCAGUUCCUGUGACGCCGCGAAACUUUGUACGGCUGCUCCAGCGAAACGAGGCCAAUGCGGAUGCGGACUUGCGAUGUGACGUACAUGGCGUUACGGCGUUACGGUCUGUGGCUUUGGCUCGAAGGUCCGUCGGCGGCGGUCCCCUGCAGUUUUACCGAAGUCCGCGAUGUGCAGAACAUGGCACGGGUCGUUACCAGGAGGAUGCUCCACGAAGCCAAGAAAGCACUCAUUCUGAGAUUUUGGCUGCUGCGUUUUCUACGGCCGUGGCGCUCGACUUCUCUGUUACCGCUGAUGGGCGGGUGGAGUCGACCCAGGAAGACAUUGACAUCAAAGACUACGAGGAAUUUCGACAGAAGCACCGGAAGGAUCUGUACCAGCAGGAUUCCCUGAGCUACAAGCAGCGCUUUGAGAUGUUCCAGCGGAACAAAGCUUUGGUGACAGCACACAAUGCUCGAGAAGGCAUUACAUGGACUGCCGCGGUGAAUGUGUUCGCAGAUUACACCGAUGCGGAGUUCAAGGCCUUGCUGGGUCAUCGCCGUUUGGGCCGCUGGUGGCUUCCGAGGCCUUCCCUCCGACAACAGGCGUCUGGAGUGGUUCGGCGCGUCCACGAGGAGCUUGCAGCAGAAGUGGACUGGCGCAGGAACCUCGUGACCACGAACUUCGUCCAUCAACAGGGCUCUUGCGGAUCCUGCUGGGCAGUGGCAGCUGCGGGCGCGAUGGAGAUCCAUGCUGAGAUUGCCUUGAGGAAGCAGAACCAGCAGCAUCGCGACAAGGUGCCUCGAAAUGUGUCGUUCAAGCAGCUUGUCGACUGCACCCCAAAUCCAGAGCAUUGUGGUGGCGAGGGAGGCUGCCAGGGUGCUACCUCCGAGCUGGCUUUCGACUACACAUCACAGCAUGGCAUCUAUGAUGCUGACCAUUAUGCUGGAAACAUCAACAAAGACGAAGCGUGCAAAGCAGCGUCGAAGAAGUCGUCCCCGUACAUCCAGAUCCGCGGCUAUAUUCGGCUGGAAACCAACAAGCUCAAGCCUUUGAUGGAAGCGCUUGCCAAUGUGGGGCCGGUUUCCGUGUCUGUGGACGCGAGUUCCUGGAACCUGUAUGGAGGUGGCAUCUUCAACGACUGCAAGAGAGAUAGUAUCGUCAAUCAUGCUGUGCUUGCCGUCGGCUACGGCCGGGACUCCAAGUCCGGACUUACCUACUGGCUGAUUCGGAACUCGUGGGGCCCCGAGUGGGGCGAGAAGGGCUUCGUCCGGCUCCAGCGUCACGCCGCGGACGACGGCAAAUGGGACGACGGCUAUUGUGGGUUUGACUCGGAUCCACAGCAGGGGACCGGCUGUGAUGGUGGCCCGAGCACCGUCCCAGUCUGUGGCAUGUGUGGUGUUUUGUCUGACUCGUCCUAUCCGAAGGAUGUGACCGUUAGCCACUAG